CUGCAGGUCCAGGAACUGAACUCCCUCGCCUCGACUUUGCUUAUUUGGAGGCGCCUACGACCCCCCGGAACGAGCCCCCCUGAAUUUCCCCCGACACUCAUCGCACCGUCUGAAAAGUUUGUCCUCUACAGUACAAUUCGGGCUCUGCUUUUCGCACUGUGCCGUCUUUUGUUUUUUUUUUCUCCCUGCAGCGUCGAGGGAAUAAUCCACCAACGUGGAGUACAUUGGAAUUUCCUUCUUUGCAACUUUCUCAGACGCUGGACUGGAGGAGAUUGAAAUAGUCCAUGGCGAGAGCAUCCGUUGCAAUUCCUCCCUCUUCCGCACUUUCACUGGUAUCUCCCCUGCUGUCUCCUCCGUUAUCGCAUCGUUCCCUGCGGACAUUGUCGCCCUCCUUUGCUCUCGGUGUUUCCCCCGCACGCCGCCUUCACCGGUCGCUCAAUCGUCCCGUCAUACACACCAAAUAUCAAUUCGGAUUCCCCUCCCCCACAGUCGUCAAGCUGGCUCCUUCACGUUCAACCUCGACCAACUCUCCUGCGGCCCGCUUGAGUUUGAUCUCGAGACACCUUGAAGAGCACCACCAGUCCUCCUAUCCGCCCAUCAACACCCCCUACAGCGUCGAGCGAGACUCUCUGCCUGCCUCGACCGACGACCUCCCCUACAACCCACCCCGUCCGCGCUCGCCAUCCUUUGUCGUCCAAAAGCGAGAACUGUCGACCUCGGCGUCUCUCAAAAUGUCUACUCAAGCCGCCCACCCUUCGCUCCUGAUCCCGGGACCCAUCGAGAUCUCCGACGAGGUGGCCCAGUCGAUGAGCUACUAUGCUCAGUCCCACGUCGGCCAGCCUUUCGUAAACGUCUUCGGCGAGACCUUGACGCUCCUCCGCGAUGUGUUCCAGACCAAAAACCCCGGCUCGCAGCCAUUUGUGAUUGCAGGAAGUGGCACGCUGGGUUGGGAUCUGGUGGCUGCCAACCUUGUCGAGCCAGGUGAAGAUGUCCUGGUGCUGCACAGCGGUUACUUUGCAGACUCGUUCGCGGACUGCCUGUCGAUCUACGGCGCCAAACCUACACAGCUCAAGGCCCCAAUCGGGGACCGACCACAACUGCCCGAGAUCGAGGCUGCCCUGAAGGCGAAGAAGUACAAGGCCGUGACCGUCACCCACGUCGACACCUCCACCGGUGUCUUGUCGCACAUUCAGCCUCUGGCCGAUCUCAUCCGCAAGGUCUCUCCCGACACACUUCUGGUCGUCGACGGUGUCUGCUCGGUCGGCGCAGAAGACCUGCACUUUGACAACAUGGCGAUCGACGUCGCCCUGACCGCGUCACAAAAGGCCAUUGGCUGCCCGCCGGGUCUCUCGAUCAUGAUGGUCUCGGAGAAGGCCAUGGACGUCUUCAAGUCCCGCAAGUCCCCCCCCGGCAGCUACUACGCCAGCUUCAAGAACUGGGUCCCCAUCAUGCAGAACUACGAAUCCAAGAAGCCGUCAUACUUUGCCACCCCUCCGACUCAACUGGUGCAGGCACUCAACACCGCCUUGAAACAACUGCUCUCCCAACCCAUCGCGGCCCGCGUGGCCCAGCACCAGAAGAUCAGCCAAUACGUCAAGUCCGAGAUCACGAAGAUGGGGCUGAAGCAGCUCCCGGUCGACCCUGCCAAUGCCGCCAACACGAUGACGGCAAUUUAUUUACCCGAGGGUCUGACCCCCCCGGAGAUCCUCCCGAAGCUGAUGGCCCAGGGUGUCAUCUUCGCCGGUGGUCUGCAUCGGGAGAUCGCGGCGAAGUAUAUUCGCUUUGGACACAUGGGCGUGACUGCCAUGGACGAGUCGAGAGGGGAGAUUGACAAGGCCUUGAACGCCUUGAAGUCUGGUUUGGCCGAGGUCGAGAAGGCAAAGAAAUAGAUGGUUGAUCAUGGGCUGGUAUGAGAUGUACAUACGGUGCAGAUUCGAGGGCACAAAGAAAGGCCAGACAAAACUGGAGGACUAGGAACUUAUCCCGUGGUAGAGUGGGUGCGACGUGAAUAGGCAUAGGCAUAGGCAUAUGUACUUCCUUAGGUAUUUCUAGACGGUAUUCAGGUGGCCCGUGGAUCACGGAGGAUACAUACUGUCUUGCGGCAGGAAAACAAAAAAAGUUUCGUCCAGACAUGAACAUGUAAAUAUGUCAAGGUGGUCAAGUUUGGUUGAGAUUGGGACAGAUGAUGACCUUGUGACCACAAUUAAAUUAAACAGACUCGGUCAAUCGUGAAGAUUCUUCUUUGGAAGACAAUUUCGUUGACGUACAAUUUUGUUAAUCAGUCUUUGACUCUUUUU